AUGAUCCCCAGAAUGUCCGACUCCCUAUACAAGGAUGAGAAGGCGAGCAUUGCCUCGACGACGCCCAUCGACGAGCUCCGCCCCAAGCAGGAUAAUGUCGGUAGCACGUACAUCCAGUCCCGCGGUGUCACGGCCAUGGAGGCCGUCCAUGCCAGCGUGCGUCGCAAGACCAAGCAUGGUCGUCUUGCGCUAUGGGCUGUGGCCAUAUCGAUCAUGAUCUCCGCCUGGGCCUACUCUCUCGAACAGUCCACGACAAGCAACUAUGCCGCAUUUGCGACCUCCGACUUUGCUAGCCAUUCGUCUGGACUGGCCUCCUUGUCCAUCGCGACCAGCAUCAUCGGCACCGUGUGCAAGCCGUUUAUCGCCAAAAUUAGCGACAUCACUAGCCGGCCGUACACCUAUAUAUUGACGCUUACCCUCUUCGUCGUCGGCUACAUCAUCAUUGCCUUCUCGCCCACUCUGGCGGCUUAUGUGAUCGGCUCGGUCUUCGCUGCUAUUGGUGCUAACGGGCUCGACUUUCUGAACGACGUUAUUGUGGCAGAUUUAACCCCGCUUGAAUGGCGCGGUUUCCUAGGCUCCAUGCUCAGCACGCCGUUUUUGAUCAACACAUGGUUCGCUGGACUCAUCGUUUCCGAUUUGACAACCGGCGGCAACACUGACUGGCGCUGGGGGUAUGGCAUGUUCGCAAUCAUCAUCCCCGUCUGCUUGGUGCCGGCUAUCGUAACGCUCAUCUUCCUCGAACGUCGCGCCACGAAGGAGGGCCUUGUGAACCUCGCCUCAAGUACAUACGCUCACCGACUAGCAACAGAAGCCGCUGCAGAGAAGGGGAUCGAGGCUCCCAAGGGCGCAGUUGAGGCCCCUGCGGUCGCGGUGGAGCUCAGUUGGGCGCAGAAGUUGCGGAGCGGGCUUGCUGAGGCAGACGCGUUCGGUCUCAUUUUGCUCGGUUUUGGCUGGACCCUCUUCUUAUUGCCCUUUUCACUGGAGAAGACGGCGAAGGGCAACUGGAACAAUCCCUCCAUGAUCGCCAUGCUCGUCGUGGGCGCAGUCUUGCUAGUCGCAUACGUCCUCUAUGAGCGGUUCGUUGCGACAGUGCCAUCGUUCCCUAGGCGCCUUCUCUACAACAAGACGUUCAUGAUGGCGAUCGUCAUCGAUUUCUUUUACCUGAUGUGCGGCAAUCUCCGCGGUCUCUACCUCAGCUCGUAUACCUACAUCGUCACGACAUGGGACCUGCAAAGCUGGACGUACUUCUCGAACACGAUGUCGCUAUCUCUAUGCUUUUUCGGAGUGGUUGCCGGUCUGAUCCAGAGGUGGACUCACCGCUACAAAACUCUGCAAAUUGUCGGUUUGUCCAUCAAAAUCAUCGGUAUUGGCAUCCUUCUCAAUGGAAAGGCCGCGACAUCAUCGACUGGGGCAUUGGUCAUGUCGCAGAUCCUCAUCGGUGCUGGAGGAUCCUUCAGUGUGGUAGGAUCCCGAGUGGCCGCGCAGGCAUCCGUGCCUCACCAGGAUCUCGCUUUGGUGAUGGCUUUGCUCUCCCUCUGGUCGAGCGUCGGAGGGAGUGUCGGUUCCGCCAUUGCGUCCCAGAUCUGGGCGCAUUUCAUGCCCAAGAACCUUCGCACUUACCUUCCUUCUUCCGUGAACGAUACACAGGUCAUGACCUUUUACGGUAACAUCAAGAAGAUCCAUGUGUAUCCCUAUGACUCGGAGAUUCGCCAAGGCGCACUCGAGGCAUAUCGCCUCACUCUCUGGCACCUAAUCGUCCCCGCGGUUUGCCUUUCAUUCAUCCCGCUCAUCGCGGCAUGCUUCCAGACCAACUUUUACCUCGGCAAGCAACAGAACGCUGUGAUGAACGUUUCGUUGGAGGGAACGAGGGUGGACGAUGCGGUCCCGGAUACGCCUACUCAGCCCUUGACAUUUAAGGACAAGUUAUUGCGCUUUUGGGCCGGUAAGCAAAACUAG